GGCACAACAUUUGUUUCCACAAUGCCUGAAAUGGAGAGGAAGCCCAAGAUCACAGCGUCACGCAAACUCCUUCUAAAGAGUUUGAUGCUGGCUAAAGCCAAAGAAGAAUGGGAACAAGAUCAAGUGGACAAACAAGGAGAGAAGGAGAGAUAUUUGGCAGAAAGGAUACCGUCUCUGCAUACCAGUGGGCUUUCCUGCUCCCAACUCCAGGAUCUGUGCCGGGAGCUUCAUGAGAAAGUAGACAUUGUGGAUGAAGAGAGAUAUGACAUAGAAGCAAAGUGUACCCAUAAUACACGGGAGAUUAAAGACCUGAAACUGAAGGUGCUUGACCUUAGGGGAAAAUUCAAGCGUCCUCCCUUGCGCCGGGUUCGCGUGUCUGCAGAUGCCAUGCUAAGAGCUCUGCUUGGCUCGAAGCACAAAGUAUCUAUGGACCUGAGAGCCAACCUCAAGUCUGUCAAGAAGGAGGACACGGAAAAGGAACGUCCAGUAGAAGUGAGUGACUGGCGUAAGAAUGUGGAGGCCAUGUCAGGAAUGGAAGGCAGGAAGAAGAUGUUUGAUGCUGCCAAAUCACCAACAGGACAAUGAGAAGUAUACCCUUUUGCCCAAUGGCAUCCUUUUAGAAUAUUUUAUCAGCAUUGCUAAAGGUCCCAACCUCAAAGGGGUUAUGUUGCUUGAUUAACACUUCCAAUGUCAAGAUCUUGGAUACAACUGUUUUAAUGGCCAAUUCAGUAUAAAACAUUAGGCACUAAUCAGCCUUAUCUAUUUACCUGAAAUAGUUCUUUGGAUGAAAUAACAUAUUUUCUGCCCAGGCAGCAAUUGUGUGAGAUUGGUUAAAAAUCUAAACAGAAUCACACCUGGGAAAUCACCAAGAAAUACCAGCAUAAACCAGACUUUAAAAUAAAGAACAAAUCCUCUCCAAAGCAAUGGCAAAUUACUUCUCUGUUGAUGCCAAGAAUACUAGAGGAAUGUUUUCCUGAAGUCAUCAUGAAUCAGAGUUAAUUGAAGAAGACUUUAAUUUAUUUAUCUCAUAUUGGAUUUUCUAUGAGAUGCAUUGUAGUUUUGCAGCUUACCUUAAUUUACCUUACUUUAAUUUAAAAAGAAUGAUAAUCUCAGAACUUUGGAAAUAAGAGGUAUAUCUUCUGAGCACAAAUGAGCCAUUAAAACUUCGACUUGCUGGUUCAAGUUUGGACAUUUCAAUUAUGGCAUAGUGGCUGAAUGUCAGAGACAACAGCAUGAAAUAACUUUUCUGAAAUAUGUACUUUGUCUUGGGCACAAAUCUGCAUUCUUGUUUAUGUUUUGGUUUCCAUGUAGUGCUAGAAACAAUGAGCCAAAUCUCAACCAAAUCUAGCAGAGCAAAGUAAUUUUUUGAUUUCUAGUCCUAACCCUAGCCAUUUCUCCAACAAUUUACUGUAAUUUCUAAUCACAAAUUAGAAAUGCAGUUCACUCCUAUGCACCUUUCUUUAGAGAUAUACAAAAUGGAAGUGUACAAUUCAGAAGCCAGCCCUUGCAAAUCUUCUCUUUCAUUUUUGCAGAGUAAAACUAUCUAUUGGCAAGCUCCACUACAAGGCUAAAUAAUUGACCAUUGGUUUGGGCAAGGCAAAGUUGUAACCUUACAAAUUUAAGCCUGAUUGUAGUGCUAACCUUUUCUAAUUUAUCCAAUGACUUAAAUGUGAAUAGCUGAUUUUGUGGAACCGUUAAUAAGCACACAAUUUAGUUUAUUCUUAGGAAGAUACAGUGAAGCAUAACAUAUUAGGUAAUUUUAAAGAACAUACUUUCCAUUAAUUUCUGACUGCUCCCCUUCUGUCUGGUCCUCGCUGGUUUCAAAUGAUAAAGAUUGCGUGCAUCUUGCAUGUUCAGUGCUUUCUGCAUUGCUAUACAAUCUGGUUGCAGUUACUUAUUCUGAUGUCUUAAUUAAUGUGCAUUCAUGUACUUUAUGGUGUAAAAUGCCUUGGCAUUUGUAUUAUGGCAUAGCAUAACAAAACUAGCAAUAACAGAUGCUUAUAGAAAAUUGCGUGUUACUAGACCCACUGCAGAAACUAGCACUCUGUAUUAUGAAUAUUACUCAUGGUUCCCAACUCUUUAUUUCAACCAUGGAAAUAAUUUUGUUUUUGUUACUUAACUCUGGUCCUUACAAGUCACAGCCUUGACUAUGACAGCAUGUGGUUGUUGUUGUUUAUAGCACAGAUGUAUUAUUGUAGAUGUUUUUCCUAGAGUCCUGUAAUAUAAUUAACUUUUAUUCUGCAUUUUCUAUCUAUUUCAGGUCAUAUUUCUUUCACAGAAACAUGAAGAGCCCUUCCAGAAUACCUACAUGAAUCACUUUUUUUUCUUCUUCUUGGUGCUUCCUAUGUCUCACCAUUUUUCUGCAUUAUCUAGUGUUCCACAGCAUUUUUGGAUACUAGGGAGGAUACAAUCAUUCAUUUAAUGACCCUUUGAAGCUACAAUGGCACUGAAAAAUAGUGACGUAUGACCAUUUU